AACUUGAACAAAUCAUGACUCAUAUAAUUCCAAAGCAAAAACAAACCAUGGGCUUAAAUCCCACCCACUCUUUCACUUCAUCAUAAAUUAGACUCACAAAGCUUUAAGACCCUUAAAACCCAUUUCAGAGUAACAAAAAGAAAAUAUAAACACAAAACGUUUUCUUUCUCAUUCCCAAUUCCAUUUCUUCUUAAUUGGUUUUUUUCCGUUCAAUUUAUAUGGUUAACUUGACCAAAAGAGCUAGACCAAUGAUCGGAAAACUUUCCGAGCUUCUUGUUCCCGGCCACCGCGCCGGCUCCAUUGAAAUCGGGACUAGUCCAAGAAGCCCAUUAGAUCUCAAGAUGCAAUCUCCUCGUGGUUUGAAAAACUACGAUCUUGGCGGAGUUGGGUUGGGAAUUGUAGCUGCUUUGGAAAAAUCCUCCGUCGACAGUGGAAGAGAUUUUCCAGCCAAGUACGCGAUUUGCAGCUUGAAUUUAAAUCGGUCGAAUCCAAUUCCGGUGAAUAUAGUCAGUAACGGGGACAAGUUCAGAGCUUGCGAAGAAUUAGACGAAGAGAGUUACACUUACGUCACUUGUCGGUUACCGAAUGACAAAACGUUUACCAAAGUCUAUUACGAUGGUGUUGAAUAUGGAAGAAAAAAUCACCUGAAAAUCGAUCUGGGUCGGUGUAGUAACCAAAAGGGUAUUUUUGAUUCGCCGUCAGCGAUCUCCGGUGAAGAAUUUUGUUCAUUUCCCACCUCGGAUUUUCUCAGUUGUUGUCAUUUGUGCCGGAAAACACUCCACGGCAAGGACAUAUAUAUGUACAGAGGAGAGAAAGCGUUUUGUAGUCCAGAGUGUCGUGCAAGUCAAAUUUUGAGUGAUGAAAGGAAAGAAAAACAGUGCAGAUCAGAGGCCAGAAGAGGUGUUGAUGUAUCAGCUUCAUCAUCAUCAUCAUCGUCUUAUGGCAAAGGCGAAAUCUUCUCAACUGGUAUCGUUGCCAUUUAGUAGAAGAAGAGGAAACCAAAAGGCCAUUAUGAACUUUAGUCACUUUCUAAACCGGUUACAAUAUUGUAUAAACAUAAUACGAGAAUCAAUCAGCUUUAUGCGGCUAACUAAAUCCUACCAAAGAAAAACUAAAAAAAAAACGAGAGAGAUAAGAAAAUUUUGCACUGUAAUGAGAAUUACUUGCCCUUUUUGUUAAUAAAAAGAAAUUAAUAUAUUACAUCUGUUAUGAAAAGGAGUCUUUAUUUCUACUGGUUUAUGGCAUCAAUGGUUAAAAAACAGAAAUGAACUGAGUCUGGUGUUGAUCGGAAAACGACCACGUUAUGGACCAGAAAGCUAAAAGUUCGAGCUAUCGAAGCAAAAUAGUAAACUAUUGCUACCCUUUUGGUUUUUUGUCGUUUAUAUAUCAGUAGAUUGUUUAGGUAAUUUGGUUGAGUUUUAUUGUAUCCAAAAAUAAAGGGUAGCAGGUAAAUCGUAUGAACAAGAAACAGAGCACUUAUAGGUCGACAAAGACGUUUCGCUUUUGUCCACAAUGGGGCCAUGUUUGACAGCACUGCACUUAACACCAAUUACCAUUUUUCGAUGUGAAAUUUAAGUUGAAAUAGAAGAGGGUCUGGUCUAGCUUUUUA